CAGCCCUUUCGCCACCCCAGCAAGUGCUCGUACAAACAUGAGAAAGGAAGAGGGAGAGAGGGGGCUGGCUAUUAUGACUUGGUCUAGUCUACGAACAAUUCUACCGACUGAGUGGUUAGGGUUAGAUGAAUGGGAUUGUUGGAUUCGUCACCCUGGCUGCGGGUUUGCUAGAUUCCCUCGUUGGUAAUGCUUCAUACUAUUCCUGCAUCCAAUCCAACCCAAUCCAGACCUCAGUCUCGUUGAAUAGGUGACACCCACCCGUAAAAAAGAAAAAGAGAAAACCCUCGAAACGACAUCUAGGAUAACAAACCUGCCA